GCUUUCGCCAUGGUAUUCAUAAUCGCCAUGAACUUCCUACAGAUCGCCUUGCUGGUGGUCCUAGUGGCAGUGGCCUUGGCCAGAGCACAGGAUGAUCCACCGACAGAUCUGCCAGCUCCAGACGCAACAAAACCACCAGCAGCAGCAGCAGCUGGUGCUCCAGCUGGUGUCCCGGGUAAAAAUAACCAAAAUGUCAAUCACAACGUUGUGACCAUUGGAUAAAAUACUUUGGAAGGAACUUCUCCCAAUUUAAUGAAGCCGAAAUCUUGAUUAAAGUACAUAAAAGUACUUUUUGAAAGCAUUAGGGAAGCGUAAUAUAAAUGUGCGUUAAUAAAUAAUUUUCAUUUACAUA